AUGGAUGAGGUGACCGAAUACCGCCGUUGGAUCAGCCUCCAAUGGUGGCUGGCGGUCCUAAACCAUUCUCAAGUUCCCAGGGACGACAGCGAACGGCUUUCAGUAAGCGUGGAUCAUUCUGUGUCCAAGGAAAUCAGAUGCCCCCAACGUGAUUUCCAUGUCCAGCUUAUCACAAAAGUGCUCGAGGGCUUUGUUGGCAUUACUUCGACUGUUCUACAGGCAUUGGAGGUCGUGCUGAAGGCGCUUGUCGAUACCGCUCAGCACGCCACACAGGAUAAUGAGAUCAAGACCAUUGUCUUUCAGCGAUACGAGUAUAUCCCAGCUGCAGAAACUGUCAUGUCAUUCGUCCGUGUUGUAUCUUUCAUUUUGACCGAAAACCUCAGAGCGAUCGGGAACAAGAAGACCGAAACGGAGAUUGUUUGCAGGAUUGAGUAUAAAGAGUAUGAAGCCAUGUUCAGCAGCAAUCAAUGGGCUGGUAUUACACUAAUGAUCAAAGAUGUUGAUAAGAAGAUCAUGCAGGACUUUGUCAAGAAGAGCACCAUUAAUUGUUCUAUUAACUAA